CGCCUCCGCCGCCUCGAGCCCCCCGCGCGCCGGAGGUGCCGGAAGGUUCCAGAACCGGCCUGCUCGGUGGGGGGAGGGGAGCGGAGGAGAGGAGAAAGGCGGCUGUCGAGCUCCUCGGGCCGCGGCGGGCGCCGCACUGCGCAGCCGCGAAACCCGCAACCUCGGGCGCUACCAUCGGGCCAGGCCACGGGGGUAGGGGAAGGAGAGAUGAACCACAGCUUUCUCGUCCUUCGCUCCCGCUGCUCUAGUCCUAAUCCUCUCUAAAGAGCAACGGAUGUGACGAGCUGGCCAAAAUAGCACCGCAGGGGUGGGAGCGACCGAAAGGGAAACUGAGGCCCAAAAUAUAAAGCCGAGUCCCAGCCACACCGUGGGAUCCCCACUCUCCAUCACCCGGAAGAAUCUUCCCGGUCCUUGUCUUUCCAUUUCUGUCUUCCCGGCUUCCCAGUAAGCACACAGCCCCAAGACCACCUUUGACCACCUUCAGUCAAGCUAUGCAUGCCAGAGGCCCACCUGGCCUACCAUCUCCGGCGCUGCCUCUCGCUUCCUCCAUCCUGAUGCUUCUAAUAAGCAGCCUGUGGCUGCUGGGGGCUGGCCCCAGCCUUGUCCUGGCCCCAGAGCUGCUGCUGGACCCUUGGCAGGGUGAGGGUCAACCCCAUGGGCCUUGGAGGAGGCAGAAGAAUUGCUGUAGGGCCUCAGACCAGUUGGCAGGAGCAGCAUGCAUCCUGCAGCAGUCAAGCAAGGAUCGGACCCAGUGCCCCAGGGAAGCACACCGGCUGCUGACACAUGCCCUGGGCCACACGGCCCUGCCCAGUCUGCUCCUGAGCCUGCUGCUCCUGACCACGCUGGGCUGGCGGCAGGAGUGCCAUCUGGGCACACUGCGGUUCCUGCAUGCCUCCACCCUGCUUGCCCUGGCCUGUGGGCUAAUGGCUGUGCUGCUGGCAGGCCUUGGGUUGUCCAGGGCCGCCGGGGGCUGUGGAUACAUGCCUGUCCACCUGGCCAUGCUGGCAGGGCAGUGUUACCGCCUUAGGCAGCCCCGAGGGGCAAUGCCACCCUGGCUCCUGCCCUGGCUGCUCCUCGCCCUGACGCCACUGCUCAGCUCCGAGCCACCCUUCCUGCAGCUCUUCUGUGGUCUCCUUGCCGGCGUGGCUUAUGCAGCCGGGGCCUUCCAGUGGCUGGAGCUUUCUGAGCAGCGGCUGCAGGCGCUGCAGGAGGGUGUCCUAUGCAGGGCCCUGGCAGGGAGUUGGCCCCUCCGCCUCCUUCCUACCCCAGGCAGCCUGGCUGAGCUGCCUGUCACCCAUCCUGCUGGAACGAGGCCUCCCACACCUGGACCUCCUUACAUGGCCUCCGCUAGCCUGUGGUCCCACAGUGAAGGCUCAGCCCCGCUCCCACCAGGCGUGAGGCUGGUGCAGCCUCACUGGGAGGGUUCCUCAGAGGCAGGACUGGCCUGGUCUGGGCCCAGCUUCCCCCCAGGGACCCCAAUGUGGGCAGCCCUGGAUGAGCAGAUGCUGCAGGAGGGGAUUCAGGCCUCGCUCCUUGAGGGGCCAGCCCAGGGUCCCGAGACCCCACUCUGGCUGCCUAAGUCCUCCGUCUCCUCUCUGCGGCUGCAGCAGCUGGAGCGCAUGGGCUUCCCCACAGAACAGGCAGUGGUGGCCCUGGCAGCCACAGGCCGCGUGGAGGGUGCCGUGUCACUGCUGGUCGGUGGGGAGGUGGGUACCGAGGCACUGGUGACUCAGGGGAGGGGUGGGCCUGCCCACCCUGAGGGUCCUGGGCCCCCCUAGCACAGGCAGGCCCUCAGAUGAGAAGAAGCCUGGCCUAUGGGUGGGAAGUCAGAGCUCCAUGCUGCCUGCUGAGAGCUAUGGUGGGUUCAGGGUCAGCCCCUCCAGCACCCAGCUCUGGUACUGUUUAGAAUUAAACCAGUUUACUUUUCAACCUGGA